UCCCUAUAAGGAGCUUUUCCCUCCAAAUUAUCGCUCCUUCGGGUGGCUUAGCCUCCCAAUCUCUGAAUAACCUCAUUCUUCAAUUCUGUAUCGAAGGCCGAAGCCAUGGAGCCGUCCAUCUCUCGUAGCUCUAAUGCCUCCACCAAUGGCCUCCUCUCCGUCAACAUCCCCAGCCACAAUGAUGUCGAACCCCUCCCUCCUCGGAUCAAUGCCGACGACGAUGACGACGAUGUUGUCGAUCCCGAUGAUCCUUUUGAUAUCACUCACACCAAGAAUGCGCCGGCUGAGACACUCCAGCGAUGGAGACAAGCGACUCUAGUUCUCAAUGCUUCCCGGCGUUUUAGAUAUACUCUGGACUUGAAGAAGGGAGAGGACGAAGAGCACAAGAAAGGGAUGAUAAGAGCCCAUGCUCAAGUCGUACGAGCAGCGCUGCUUUUCAGAUUAGCCGGUGAACGUGAUCUAGCGGUAGGCACAGGAGUGUCAGCCCCAACCUCAGGUGAUAACUUCGGAGUUGGGCUCGAACAACUUGUUUCAAUGUCCAAGGAUCAGAACAUUGCUGCUUUGCAAGAAAAUGGAGGGGUUAAAGGCUUAUCAGAUUUACUAAAAUCAGAUCUUGAGAAAGGAAUUAAUGGAAGUGACGAUGAUAUAUUAAAGAGGAGAGUGACAUUUGGAACGAAUACAUACCCUAAGAAAAAAGGGCGGAGUUUCUGGAUGUUUCUCUGGGAUGCUUGGCAAGACCUGACCCUCAUCAUAUUGAUUAUAGCAGCUGUGGUGUCAUUGGCACUUGGAAUAAAAACAGAGGGCUUGCAAGAAGGAUGGUAUGAUGGAGGAAGCAUUGCCUUUGCUGUUUUUCUUGUCAUAAUAGUAACAGCUACCAGUGAUUAUCGCCAAUCUCUGCAGUUCCAGAAUUUGAAUUCAGAAAAACAAAACAUACAAUUGGAGGUCAUUAGAGGCGGUAGAGCAACAAAGAUAUCAAUAUUUGAUGUUGUUGUUGGUGACGUUGUACCUCUCAAAAUAGGAGACCAGGUUCCUGCUGAUGGGGUUAUAAUCACUGCUCACUCACUUGCCAUUGAUGAAUCCAGUAUGACUGGUGAAAGCAAGAUUAUUCACAAAGACCACAAAUCACCUUUUUUGAUGUCUGGCUGUAAAGUAGCAGACGGCGUUGGUGUUAUGCUGGUAACUGGGGUCGGCAUCAAUACGGAGUGGGGGUUGUUGAUGGCAAGCAUCUCUGAAGAUACUGGAGAAGAGACUCCAUUGCAGGUACGUUUAAAUGGAGUUGCAACUUUUAUCGGCAUUAUAGGUCUAACAGUAGCUGGUGUUGUGCUAGUGGUCCUAUUGGGCAGAUACUUUUCUGGCAACACAAAAGAUCUAAAUGGAAAUGUCGAAUUUGUUGCUGGCCAGACGAGCAUCAGUAGUGCACUAGAUGACGUAGUAAAAAUUUUUACUAUUGCAGUCACAAUUGUGGUUGUCGCAGUUCCUGAAGGUCUUCCUCUGGCUGUUACCUUAACCCUGGCAUACUCAAUGCGGAAAAUGAUGGCAGACAAGGCCUUGGUGCGAAGGCUUUCAGCCUGUGAAACUAUGGGCUGUGCAACAACAAUUUGCAGUGAUAAAACAGGAACGUUAACCUUGAACCAGAUGGCCGUGGUUGAGGCAUGCAUUGGGAGGAAGAAACUGAAUUCACCUGAUGACUCAUCAAAGCUGAAUUCAGAAGUUUUAUCUCUGAUAAAAGAGGGCAUUGCACAGAAUACAACUGGAACUGUUUUUGUGCCUAAGGAUGUUGGAGAGACUGAGAUAUCAGGGUCUCCUACAGAAAAGGCAAUCCUUUCUUGGGCAGUCAAGUUGGGAAUGGAUUUUGAUCUUAUCAGGUCACAUUCAACAGUUCUCCAUGUAUUUCCCUUCAAUUCAGAGAAAAAGCGAGGUGGUGUCUUGCUGAAGCAGAAUGUGGAUUCCACAGUACAUAUACAUUGGAAAGGCGCUGCAGAGAUAGUACUGGGAAAAUGCUCUCAAUAUCUUGAUUCAAACGGUUCCUUGCUUUCUAUUGAAGAAGAGAAGGACUUUUUCAAGGCAGCUAUUGAAGACAUGGCUGCUCGCAGUUUGCGGUGUGUUGCCAUUGCAUACCGUUCAUAUGAAUUGGACAGAGUUCCCUCUAAUGAGGAGGAUUUGGCCCAGUGGUCCUUACCUGAGGAUGAACUUGUUUUGCUUGCUAUAGUUGGUAUAAAGGACCCAUGUCGCCCUGGUGUCAAAGAUGCAGUGACAAUAUGCACUGCCGCUGGUGUUAAGGUGCGCAUGGUUACGGGAGACAAUCUUCAAACCGCAAAGGCAAUAGCUUUGGAGUGUGGGAUACUGGCUUCGCAUAUAGAUGCUGUUGAACCAGUUAUCAUUGAAGGAAAGACAUUCCGGGCCUUAUCUGAAAAUGAAAGGGAACAAGUUGCUAAACAAAUAACAGUGAUGGGGAGGUCUUCUCCAAAUGACAAGCUUUUACUUGUUCAAGCACUGCGUAAAGGGGGGGAAGUUGUUGCUGUUACUGGAGAUGGUACCAAUGAUGCUCCCGCUCUUCAUGAGGCAGAUAUUGGUCUUUCUAUGGGCAUUUCUGGAACUGAAGUCGCAAAAGAAAGUUCAGAUAUUAUAAUCCUGGACGAUAACUUUGCGUCAGUUGUAAAGGUCGUCCGCUGGGGCCGUUCUGUAUCUGCAAAUAUUCAGAAAUUUAUACAGUUCCAGCUCACAGUUAAUGUAGCAGCUCUUGCCAUAAAUGUUGUGGCGGCAGUUUCUUCGGGUGAUGUUCCUUUAAAUGCAGUACAGCUUUUGUGGCUUAACCUUAUCAUGGACACACUUGGGGCCCUGGCACUAGCUACGGAGCCGCCUACUGACCACCUUAUGCACAGACCGCCAGUUGGUCGAAGGGAACCUCUCAUAACGAAUAACAUGUGGAGGAACUUGCUUUUACAGGCUGUAUAUCAAAUUGCGGUUCUCCUUGCUCUUAAUUUUGGUGGAGAAAGUAUUCUCAGGGGUAACUCUGCGGUCGAAACAAUGCAACUGAAGAAUACUUUGAUUUUCAAUGCAUUUGUCCUCUGCCAAAUUUUCAAUGAGUUCAAUGCUCGUAAACCAGAUCAAAUGAACGUGUUCACUGGAGUGACCAAGAACCGUCUCUUUGUGGGUAUUGUGGGAUUGACCUUAAUACUUCAGGUAAUCAUUAUAGAGUUCCUUGGAAAGUUCACUAGCACAGUGAGGCUUGAUUGGAAGUUGUGGCUCGUUUCUUUUAUCAUUGGCCUCGUCAGUUGGCCUCUUGCAGUGCUUGGAAAGUUCAUCCCAGUUCCAAAAACACCUUUAUCUCGCACCUUUAAGAGGAUGCUUAUGCGAUUUAAGAGAUCAAGAACUCCUGCUACUCAAUAGGUCAGCACAUCAUUUCUUCCUCAAAAAGAAUCACCCGUGGAUCUGCUUUUCCUAACCAGCAAGUGAAGUGACAAUUG